UGUCCAAGUUGCUAUAGCAACACCAUAAUCUGGAGUGACAAAGACAAACUAGCAAAUCAACUAGCUAGCAAGCAAGUGAUUUUGAAACAUAAAAAUCUGUCUGACAUUCACGGCUGUUAAACAAAAAAAUAUGUGUAUGAAUGAGGACGAAGAGGAGCUAUUUUCUAAAGAAAUAGAGGAAAUUCGCAAGUUUUCACUGGGGAAUCAAUUGAGGGUGGGAUUCUUUGGUCCAGAUGCUUCUGUCCAAACCGAUGUCUCAGAAUUACCCACUGUCAAGUUACUAUCUGACCACACUGCUGAACUUAUAAAGAAUAUGGAUACCCUGAAAAAAGAUAUUUUUUGGAAAAUAAAGUUCAUACAGGCACACUAUGAGUCCAAACUUCAGCAAGAGGCAGAGUCCUUGUAUACCAGCAUGAAUAACAAAGUGAAGAGUUUGGAGAAUCAUCAUAAGGAGAAAGUAAAAGUUAUUCGGAAAAGUUAUCAACAACAAUUCAAUGAUGCAAUCCAUGUGAUCAGAGGCAGCUACAAGAAUUACUACCUUAAAAAAGGAGAAAAUGUAGCUGCUGUUGCUAGUGACACAGGGAGACUGAAAGAUCUGAUGAAUGAGAUCCAAGAGAAGAACUUGAAGAUCAAGUGUAUGAGUGAACAGCUGAGGGAAUAUGAGGAGAGAGUCUUCACAAAGAUUAGCUGUGAGGCUGUGGAUGACCCGGAUAAAGAAUGGCUGAGACAAGAGAAUCAAAAGCUACAAGACGACAUUGACUCCAUGCACAUUGUCAUGGACCAGGUCCGCAAUUCCUUGGAGGCUAAAGAGCAGCAGUUGGAAGAUCUAGCACAUAAUCUAAACGAUGUGAAAGCAAAGUUAGAGGACGAGAAAAAAGCCCUGCAAAAGAUGACCAGUGACUAUGAUCAUCUGAAAGUACAACUCAGCAUUGAGAAGGACACCGCCAGAAAGAAGAUGAAGUCGCUAAAACAAGAGCUGGAAAAAGAAAUACAAAUCAUUGAAGACUUCCGGAAGAGUGAGAAACAUGCUGUGGAAAAGGAAGUUAAUGAGAAAUUGAGUGCAGAGAAGGAGAAACAAAAAAGAGAAAUGCUUGCUCAGGAGGCCGUCUUAAAAGCUCAAGCAGCAGAAAAACAACCUGUGUUUCAGGUUGCUGAAGGGGGGGAGGAGUUGAUCCAACAACUUAAUGAGCUGAAAAAGAUGGAGACCUUACAGAAACAAGAUAUAGAGAAACUCCAAAAGCAGUUGUUUCGCUGUAACGGAAUAUGGGAAAAGAAAUUUGAGAUUCUGAAGGCGAGUUUCCAUGCCAUCAAAGAUGAGAUGUUCUUGCGACAGACGUUACAGCGGCAGGCAGCUUCACUGCAACAUGCCUCAGUCAACUACAUGAUGGACAGUGCUGGUUCUUACCAAAGUCCUGUGUACAAUGGAUUCAAAAUGCCGAGCAGCUAUGCCACAGGGACACCUCUGCCCAUUAUAGGUACUGGAGGUUUUCAGAAGAUGGACAGGACCGGUGAGAUCAUGGACAUCAGUGUGUUGAGUGGCAGAAGAACAGAUUGUUCAGAAUCCCAGAUGGAAUCAGGAGAUGAAGAGGAGCUGUGUGGAAUUCUUCCUCUUCCUUGCCCUCUGUCCCAUACCAGGGAAAGAGCAUCCCUCACAUCUGCAAUCUGCACCCCUUCAAAAUGACAAACCUAUACCAACAUUUAUGCUUUACAGACAAUUAAACAAAUUUGGAAAGUUACAUACAUAUCUGAUGCAUUUCAGUAGCCUAAGGCUGCAUUUACAUAGGCAGCCCAAUUCUGAUCUUUUUCCCACUAAUUGGUCUUUUGACCAAUCACAUCAGAUCUUUUCACAUCAGAUC